UCAGGUACUCCUUGGAGACUCUUCAGCUCUGCUCAUCACCUCCAGGUCACCUCCACCUCCAUCCUCACCUCCAACAUGUCUGUCUCAUUCAGCCGCCAGAGCAGCCGCCAGAGCAGCCGGAGCUACAGUGCCCGCAGCGUGACCAGCAGCUCCCUGAGCCAGAAAGGAGGCAUGCAGCAGUCGGUCGGAGGCAUGCAGCAGUCGGUCGGAGGCUUCCAGCAGUCGGUCGGAAGCAGCCAGGGCUUCCUCCUCCCCACCGGCGGGCCCCUGACGCAGGGCCGCUCUCCCAGUGUGUAUGGGGGGGCCGGGGGCUACGGGACCCGCAUCUCCCAGUCCUUCUAUACCUCCGGGUCACACAACCCUUUCAGUGAAAGCGCAGUGAUCGUCAACGAGAAGCUGACCAUGCAGAACCUCAAUGACCGCCUGGAAUCCUACCUGCAGCAGGUGCACUCCCUGGAGUCGGCCAACAGAAGACUGGAGCUGCAGAUCAGAGAGUUCUUAGAGAAGAGAGCUCCUUCUCACUCCAAUGACUUUACAAAGUUCUUCGCCAUCAUCACUGAUGUCCGAGCACAGAUCUUGAAUAAAUAUUUAGACAACCAACGCGUCAUACUGCAGAUUGACAAUGCUCAACUGGCUGCAGAAGACUUUCAAGUAAAGUAUGAGGUAGAGUUGAACAUGCAUUCGACGGUGCAGGCUGAUGUGAUUCGUCUCAAAGGGGUCCGGGACAGCAUGACCCUCUCCAUCAGCGACCUGGAGCUGAAUAUAGAGGGUAUGACAGAGGAGUUGGUGUACAUGAGGAGCAGCCACCAGGAGGAGUUGCUGGUGAUAAGCGAGCAGCAGAGCGGCUCGGUGGAUGUGAGGGUGGACUGUGCAGAGUCUGUAGACAUAGAGAAGGAGCUGAAGGAAACCAGGGAGGAGUACGAAGCCCUGAUGGUGAAGAACACGCAGGAGGUGGAGAAAUGGUUCCAAGCUAAGGUGGAGGAAUUCAAUGUGAGAAUCUUAGUAUCUACCACAGAUGUGAAUACAUUUCACACAGAGCUGUCAGAGGUGAGGAGGACCUACCAGAAUUUGGAGAUAAGUCGGGACGGCAUCCUCACAGAGAUGCAGUGCAGACAGAGGACUUUGGAGGAGUCCAAUGUGCGGUUCAACACCCAGCUCAGCCAGCUGCAGCUCAGCAUCAACACGCUGCAGGGGGACCUGCAGGGGCUGCAGGGCUCCAUCGAGCAGCAGCAGACCGAGUACAGGAUCCUGCUGGACAUCAAGAUGAGGCUGGAGAUGGAGAUCGCUGAGUACAGGAGGCUGCUGGACGGAGAGACGCGCGAGAGGGAGCUCAUUCAGGAGAGAAGGGCCUAUGUUAUCAAAGAGGUUGUGCUAGUGGAAGAGCACAAACCCCAUAUCGAGCGGAGAACAAAGACCAUUGUGGAGGAGGUCAUCGAUGGGCAGGUGGUGUCCUCCAGUGAGCAGACUAAGACAGUAGAUAUUCAGUAACACCUCUGCUGACAGUAAACUUACAUUUUACUUAGAUUUGGCUUCUAAAUGUCAAUGAUGGUAUGCUUCUUAAUGAAUAAUGAGUCAGCUCGUAACGUGUAACUUAGAUGGGGGUAUACUAGGUAAAACAGCAUUUUAAUGUUUAAGAGGGACACCAUGGCAUUUCUUUUGUUUCGUUUGUAUUGCAAUUAUAUAGCAGGGUUGUAGUAAGUACUUGAAACUCCUACUUGUUUCAGCUGGUAAAAAAAAGGGAAGUCUUUUAUAUAUUUACUCCUGGGUGGCUUAUGAAUUGCAUCAAUGGAUCAAUUAAUUUACCCUAAACAUAAUACAUGAUUCAAUAUGUUGAUUAUAUCUGUAUUAUAAAUCAGAAUCUUGAAUGUCACCAAAAUUAUCUAAUAAAAGUAUUGGU